UUGACGCCCGCUGACCGUAACUAGGCACUGUCCUUAUGAUCCGUGAUAGAGCCCGUGACAUGUAUCGCCAUAAGCACGUAUCGAUAGACGCUGAUAGCUCCCGACGUGCCACCUAGAUGUAACUAGAUUAAGUGAAUUUCACACUAGUCCUAGGUUAGUUGGUUUUUGACAGUGUUUUCAUUUGCCGGCAUUAUCGUAUCGAGUAAUAGAUAGGGAUAAUCGACUUCCCCAAUUGUGAUGCGCCUACGCCGACACGACACGACGCAACGCAAUGCGUAAAUCAGCUUAGUUCGCCUCUCAGUAGGGGUGGUAGGUUUAUGGUCGAUAUCGGGGAGUGUGCGCGGGGGACGUCGGUAUGAUGGCACCAUAUGUACACAGUGCCACCGAGAUCGAUGACGGAAUUUCGACGACCGGUCAUUCAAGUGUUAUUCCUCCACGUGUUUAGUAAUCCGAUCGUGCAUACUAAUCUAUCGAAUUACACAAAGUGCCAAAAAGUUAUAGUUCUUCUGUUUUCAGAGUCAGGAACCAUGAGUGGCCCAAGAAAUUUCGAAACUGUUACGCUUCCCUCAAACGCAUACAACGUACCCGUCGCUGCUCUCUCAGAAGAGAUAUAUUCCCUAACGGAUAGGCAGGCUGUUGUCAUAGAUGCAGUAGCAAACAUAUCACUUCCCAAUUGCAUAGAAGUCCUUAGCAAAAUAGUCGGCCGCUUAAAUAUUUUAAUGGCAGGGUAUCGUCCAGACAGAACAAUAGGGGUAUAUCUCCAGACAGAAGCCCUAGCACAUCAACUCGUCACCUCUCAACAUUUUCUACACGUACGCUCACGCAAUCUUGUGCUCAGACCUAUGAAUGGGAUAGUGACAUCGAUUAUAUUGUUAUACGUCCAUCCCAAAGUUCCGCAGUCAUUAAUCCUAGAAAAAUUGUCCGAAAUGAAUAUCAAAUAUUUCAACGAUGACAUCCAAUGUGUAUCAAUCGCAGAUACGCCACGUUUCUCUCACAUUCGCAGUUUUAGUAGACGAGUCUACGUGUUAUCCGAGGAUAUAAAUAAACUACCGGAUACUAUUGAGAUUAAUAUUAGAGACAAGUUGCACAAGAUACAGGUAUCAGUCGAAAGAUCGUUCUGAGAGUCUCGUCAAGAGAGUAACGUUGAAUGUUGUACAUUCAUCUAGACCGGUCACCGUUCUCCACCUAAUCUGUAGACGAAGAUUCGUCACUCCUGUCAGAAUAUUGACAAAAUUAAAUUCUUUGAAACGCAAGCCGCUUCGAUAUUGUAAUUGUUAAAACAUUGAUAAAAUGUGAUAUGAUUACUAAAGUUCUGAAAUAUAUAAACAAAAAACAA